AACAUUGAACGCGUCUGUCAUUAAUUGUAUGCAUACGUUCUUUGAGGCUGACGCAGCUCCCUAUACUUCGUUUAAGGAAGACAUGCUCGGUGCACCAGAUCGACUACGGUUUGGAGGUUCCAGGAUGUCCCAGAAGAUCAAGGCAGGGUCGGUGGUGGAGAUGCAGGGGGAUGAGAUGACCAGAGUCAUCUGGGAGCUCAUUAAGGAGAAGCUCAUCUUCCCCUACCUGGAGAUGGACCUGCACAGGUGACUUGUACCUGCUGCUACACCUGGGCCUGUAGUCAUUACUGUACACCGUAGCAAAGGCUACGACCUGGGCAUGGAGAACCGCGAUGCCACGGACGACAAGGUGACGGUUGAGGCGGCGGAGGCGACGCGGCGCUACAACGUGGGCAUUAAGUGUGCCACCAUCACGCCGGAUGAAAACCGGGUGGAGGAGUUCGAGCUAAAGCAGAUGUGGCGCUCGCCCAACGGGACCAUCCGUAACAUCCUGGGAGGCACCGUGUUCAGGGAGGCCAUCAUCUGUAAGAACAUCCCCCGCCUGGUGCCCGGCUGGGUCAAACCCAUCAUCAUCGGCAGGCACGCCCACGGAGACCAGUACAAGGCCACAGACUUUGUGGUACCUGGACCUGGGAGACUGGAGAUGAAAUUCACACCCAAGAUUGGGGAGCCAAUGAACUUUGUCGUCCAUGACUUUGAAGGUUCAGGUGGCGUGGCUCUGGGGAUGUACAACACAGACAGCUCCAUCAGGGACUUUGCCCACAGCUCCUUCCAGAUGGGCCUGCAAAAAGCCUGGCCUCUGUACCUCAGCACCAAGAACACCAUCCUCAAGAAGUACGACGGACGCUUCAAAGACAUCUUCCAGGAGAUCUAUGAAAAGCAGUACCGCUCUAAGUUUGAGCAGAAGGGGAUCUGGUAUGAGCAUCGUCUGAUUGAUGACAUGGUGGCUCAGGCUAUGAAGUCUGAUGGAGGAUUCAUCUGGGCCUGCAAGAACUACGACGGAGACGUCCAGUCUGACUCUGUAGCCCAAGGUUAUGGGUCCCUUGGUAUGAUGACCAGUGUGCUCAUCUGUCCUGACGGUCGUACGGUCGAGUCAGAGGCGGCCCACGGCACGGUAACACGCCACUACAGACAGCACCAGCAGGGCAAGGAGACAUCCACCAACCCCAUCGCGUCCAUCUUUGCUUGGUCGCGGGGGCUGCUGCACCGGGCGAAGCUGGAUGACAACGCAGAGCUGCGUGUGUUUGCUGAGGCCCUGGAGGUCGUCUGCGUGGAGACCAUCGAGGCUGGCUUCAUGACCAAGGAUCUGGCUAUCUGUAUCAAAGGCAUGGCAGAUACCAAACGCUCAGACUACCUGAACACCUUUGAGUUCCUGGAUAAACUGUCAGAGAACCUGAAGACCAAGAUGUCCAACCAACCCAAACUGUGAUCACCUCAUCUCCCAACUUUAAACACACACACUAUUGACAGCAGGGACUAUGGGCCCCGGCCAACACUGAACCAAUGACGGGGGAAUGUCUGCCCAGAACCCAACCAGAGCUAGAAGACCUAGGACCCUCGACUUAAUCAUUCCCUCCACCAACAGUCUGUCUGCUUCAAGGAGGUGUCUUGUCCAGGGGGAUGUCCCCCCCCAAAGCUAAUGAAUCAUUCCUAUCUGAACUACUUGCCAUUUCUGUCCCACUCUCCCCAUGCUUGCUGAAUAUUCAUGUGGACUCAUUAAACUCAACUUGCCUCUGAUUUCAUUGCUGUUCUGGACUGUUUCAAUGUUACCCAACAAUACCAUCUCCUUCUGCAUCAUAAAAGCUGUUGACCCCCUCCAACUCUCUAAUGCCAUCUGCUCUGCCCCUUGACCACGCCCCCAACUCACCUGAUGAACUAGCUGCCCAAGUCAACACCGCUCUGUCUCCCUCAAUUCUCUGCCCCCCCCCCCCCCAAACUAAACCUGUGUCCUUCUCCCCCUGGUUGACCCCUGAGGUCCAUGCCCUGAAGCAAGCUGGCCGCUGCCUGGAGCGCCUGAGCAGGAAGUCUGGUCUCACUGUCCACACUGAGGCCUACAAACUCCACCUACAGAGAUGGCCUCAGUGCUGCCAGGUCCACCAACAGCUCCAAUAAGAACUCCUGGACUCUGUUCUCCACUGUCAGCAAACUACUUCAGCCUCGUGACGACGCCUUCUCUACUCCCUCCACUGAACUCUGCAACUCCUUCCUUCAGCUAUUUUCAAGGAAAAGCUCACCAAAAUACACUUCACUGACUGAUCAAUCUCUCUUAGCCGCCCCUCCCCCCGUCAACCUCCAAACCGUCACCCCUGAAACCCGGCUCUACGAAUUUGCACUCAUUAUUGACUCUCCCUAUAUCUCAAAAUUCAUGUCAUCAACACCACAACUUACUCAUCAAAGCCUGCCUGCUCUGUCCAUCCCUGGAUCCUCUCCCUACUGUUCUCAUCAAAGCCUGCCUGCUCUGUCCAUCCCUGGAUCCUCUCCCUACUGUUCUCAUCAAAGCCUGCCUGCUCUGUCCAUCCCUGGAUCCUCUCCCUACUGUUCUCAUCAAAGCCUGCCUGCUCUGUCCAUCCCUGGAUCCUCUCCCUACUGUUCUCAUCAAAGCCUGCCUGCUCUCUGUCCAUAUCACACACCAUCAACCUCUCCCUUGCCCAUGGAUCUCACCUCUCCAACUACAGAACAGCUGCAGUCCCCCCCCCCCCCCCCCCCCCCAUCUUAAAAAUGCCAGGAACGGACACCACCAUCUUUCUGCCCAAUUUCCAACCUUCCUUUCCAAGACUCUUGAACAGACUGUUGCCUCCCAAUUACAAACCCGCCUGCUGGUCUAAUUCAAGCCCCUCCAGUCUGGUUUCCACCACAGUACUGAAACCGCACUCAAAGUUGUGAAUGACCUCACCUCUGCUGAUUCUGGUGCCCUUAACAUCCUGAUUCUCCUUGACCAGAGUGCAGCUUUUAACACUGAGCCAUCAGAUUGAGGGUACAGCACUCUCCUGGCUACAAUCAUACCUCAUAAACCAGACCCACUACAUCUCCCUCAAUGGCCAUACCUCAGACACGCCACUGCAGUUACACAGGGUGUCCCCCAAGGUACUGUGCUGGGCCCCUUGGUCAGGUGACACCCAGUUCACCUCGGCACCAAAUCCCUAUUCGACCCACAUUGAAUUUCCUUUCUCGGCAAUAAAGACAUGGCUGCAACAACACUUCCUCAAGCUAAACAUGUAUAAAACGGAACUCCUACUCAUAGGCACCAAAUCCACCUUCACCAAAGCUGGCAAUCUUGCGAUUGACACCACUGUCUCCCCCCACGCACGCAACCCUGGCGUCACCCUCUCCUUUGACCACCACAAGACAGACAGACUGGCAAAUUGUCAUUCCUCCACCUCCGCAACAUUGCCAAAGUCAGGUCCUCCCUCUCCUGUCCUGCCGUUGAAACACAUUAAUCUCCUCCUGUCUUGACUACUGCAACUCACUACUCUCCAGUGUCAACUCAGCUCCCUCCAUAAGCUCCAAAUGGUUCAUAACUCUGCAGCCCGACCCCCUCACCCACACUAAGUACUGGCAGCACAUCACCCCUGUCCUCUGAUCUUCACUAGCUCCCUGUCUCCCAACGCAUUGAUUACAAGCUCUUCUUUCUGGCCUACAAAGCCCUUCACCACCUUGCCCCCCCCCCCCCCCCCCCCCCCACCUCUGACAUUCUUGUCCCCUGUCAACCCACACGCCCCUUACCCUAAACCAGAUUCGUAUCCUAACCCCAACCCUCCCCAUACACUGAUACAUCUCUCUUAUUUCAGCCCACCCCGCUCUUUAUUCAUGUUUUUGUCAACUUUCUUCUUCCUUAACUUUUUUUUUUUUUACAAUUGUGAAGAGACUUUGGUCCUUAAAGCGCUAUAUUAAUCCCAUGUUGUAUUACUAUAUGUAGGGUUCAGAUGUAGGUUGAGUUUAUUUUUAUUUUUACAGGGACAGUGCACGUUAAUCAACGUUUCAGUAAAAGUGCUGGUUUUAGCCAGCCGGCUCAUUUUCAACCGCAGUCCCUGGGCAGGUUGUUGAUGUGAGGCCCUCUUCUCCAUUGAUCACUUACCACUAUGGUCUAGCCAUAUAUUUUGGUAACACUCAGCCAAUCUAAGUGGCCUGAAGCCUAAUUUGUGAUCCACGAGCAUAACUUGUGAUUUUAAGCAAUCGCCGAGUGAAGUAUAUGUUUAGGAUUCUGCCAAGUAUGACCAUUUUUAAUGAAUGAUGGACACCGAAAUAACCAAUGUUCUUUAUGCUAAUUGCACUAAGGUCCCCCUAUGGCUGUGUUUUUUUUUUUUUUUUUUGUGUGUGUUGUCGGUCAGUGAGCAGGGAUCGCCAGUCCUGCCUGAGGGUGAUCUUACCCUUCUGUUGCCUUGUCUUAUGUAAAGGGACUUCAGUCUGUCACCAUAUAUAUAUAUAUAGCCAUGGCAACUACUGUAGCCUGUUUAGAUUUGGACUCUCUUGACUUGAUGAUGUCAUUGAUUCACAAAGCUAUACUAGCAUCACUCACUCCUUGCUUGUGGUUAUGGAAGAGGUUGUAAGAUAUUAAAAACACACUUAACACCUUACCCCCUCAGAAUAUCAACUCAAUAAAUGGGUUUUGGAGAAAA